AUGGCGGCUGCGGCGUGGAGUGAGAUGAUGACAACAGCUUUGGUGCCAGAAGCUGUGCGCAAGGCGCUGUUGGAUUUGGGGUACAACUGCGCAGCAUCGUUCUCGUUCAAGGACGAAGCGGUGUUCUUGAAGUUCUUGAAAUAUUUGCUCGUUGAGAAGAAGGUGAUUGCCGGGGUCACGGGUGAUACGUGGGAGUUCCAACCUGUGGUUGGGAUUUUGCGGAGCUUGUGGGAGUCCUGCAAGAAUAAAGAUCGGACAAAUCCCGCGUUGCCGACCCCUGCUGCAGGGCCGGCCCCUGCUGCAGGGACAACCUCGACGUUGGCUAUCCCAGCCUCCGGCUGCGGAGCUGGGGCUAACAAUCGGGUGACGGUGUUGGAUCGCGACAAGUACAAGCGCGAGCUGGAGAAAAACUAUCCGAGUUUGUACAUUACCCCGUCCAGUCUUCCAUCUAUGUCUCUUUUGCAGUUGGUACAUGCGCAAUCGCAGCAGAAGGCGUGGGAAUGGAUUCCAUGGAAAAAGCUCUUGAGCGACAAGGCGGCUACUGCCGUUCGGGGGAGAAAGUCAGAGACAGAGCGUGAUGCAAUUGCAGAGUACCUGAUGGCGUCAUCUGGCAUGCAGUCUGAACAGUGGGACUUGGACUUGUCACCUUCCCCAUUCAAGGUUCAGGGUCUUCUCCAGGUGCGGGCGCACGCGUUUGCUAUGACGGGCGCCUGUCAUCUCGGCAGUUGGAAUAUCUACGUCACCAAGUUCUUGGACUUUUACGCGGCAGAGACAGCUGAGCAUUUCCGGCCACCGACUGUCCAGGAAGCCGAAGAGGCAGAUAAGGCGGCCCUACAAGAGAUCUUCAGUCUGUGCUAUCGGGGUGAGUCGCUGGACGAUGCCCUGACUUCCAUUGUAGUGGAUCGAGAUCUUUUGCGACAUCUUCUGGUCCCCAAGCCGAAGCUGCCGAAGGUGCCGCAAAUUCCGAAACUUUUGAAAGAUGGUCCACCCCUGCGACCUUCGCGUGAGCCGCUGAAGCGAAAGCAAGGGGCUGAGCUGGUUGCGGAUGCCAAGAAACCGCGCACCGGGGAGUGCUUCCUUUGGAUGGACGCUGACGAGUCGCUGGAAGGGCCGGCGGCCGGCACAUCGUUGCAGCCUGAGCGUGUGGCAGCAGGGGCGAGAUUGAAGGAUGGUGGAGGUGUGGAGUCCAGCGCUGAUUGGGGCGAGGAUGACGGCCCUGAUGUUUUCGGUGAGCUGCGGUUUACAUGGCUGCGGCGGGCAGAAGCAUGGGGGCUGGAGGAGCGUCUGAGGCAGCACAUCGAUGGGCACAGUGUGACACCAAUGCUGAGUGACGGGGAGAGUGAAGUAUUGCGUGCCGAUCUUCAUUCUUUUCUGAGAAGCAAUGGUGUUUCUUGUGACCCGCGUGUGGCCGACGGCCAACCUCCUGCUCUCAACCUGCUGGCGGGCAUGCUGCAGCUUUUCGAUGAUAAGGAUGCCAGGCUCCCCGCGCUGCUGGCUGAUGGCGUGCCCACAGGUAUUCCGCAAACUAUUCCUCCGUCAGGUGUGUGGAAGCCUGUGGAGGUUGCGGAGCGGCCUCCGUUGGAUCUGCUGAUUCAUGAUGCGCCGUGGGGCUCGGGUCUGAAAGAUCCUGAAUGUUUGUUGCGUUUGGUUCAGGCGGACGUGGACGCUGGCUUCGCGGAAUGGCUACCUGGCGGGUUGGCUGAGGCUCAAAAGCGGUUUGGGCAGGCGUGUGCAGCUGGCCGACUCGGUCUUGUGAAAAAGGAAGGUAGCGAGCCGCGCUUGGUGGGCGACAGUACAGUGUCGAAUGCAAAUCGCAUGUGCCGGAUCGCUGAGCGCAUAGAAUUGCCAUCUCUGUUGGACGCCUCGGCGUUCCUAUCACGGCAUCCGGAAGUGGAGUGGAUAGGAUUCCUGUUGGAUGAGAGGGUUAAGGUGUCCGAGGCCGAGCGUGGGUCUCUCUCUUUGCGGUCCCAGAUGGUGCUGGCGGAGUACGCUGGCUGUGCUACCGUACUUGCCACUUUGGAUGCUCCUGGGCGGCGUAUUGGUGGAGUAGGGCGGCAGCCUCGCUGGAUGGCAGUCAUUGUGAUUUGCCUUGCUGUCGCCUUGGGUGUCCCUCUGAGUUGGAAAAAACUCAGGCUGGGUCCUCGUGUGAAAUGGGUGGGCUGGGAUAUCAGACUGGUGGAUUCUCCGUCUGCAACCUUGCCGGAGGACAAACGCGCGAGGCUUCUUGCUGGAUUGCAUUGUCUUUUAGUGCCGGGCAAGAAGGUGUUGCGUCGCGAGCUGGAGAGCAUUGUGGGGCUGCUUUCGUGGUUCACAACAGGGGCGCGGUGGUUGCGACCCUGGCUCCGUCAGCUGUUUCACCUUCUACACAAGCCAGCGUUAACAAUGCGUUGUUUGGAUGGCGUGCAGCGACGUGAGAUCCUAGACCUUUGCAGUGCUGAGGGGAUCGUCGGCCGUGCAGCGCAGCUAUCCGACAUUCCAGUUGGCUGGCGCAUUCUUCAGGUAGGGAAACAUGUCUGGGGCGAACCAGAGCACGUGAUGCAAAUGUACCCUGACACCGAGAGGGUUUGGUGCAAGUGCGCCGACCCUACAUCCCUAUCAGUACGGAUCACGGCUGAGGAGGCCCAAGUUGCCCGAUUCUACCAUAAGCUGGUGGAGGCCAAUGUGCAGGUGCGCCUGGUGGAGCGCGAGGGCCCCAGUGUCUUGGCCUGUGCUGACGCUUUCGCGCGAGGGGAUCGCGCUGGCGUUGGGGGAUGGUGGUUCAUGCCGGGACUGGAUGGGAACAAGUUGGAUCCAAGUAGCAUUCGCUGGUUCUCGUUCAGCAUCAGUGCAGAUGAGCUUCCGGAGUGGUUCUGCGCUGAUGGCGAUAGGUCGCGUUUGCAAAGCUUCAUUGCCGCCUUCGAGGCAUUGGCGCAGCUGGUGCUGUGCGCCGGAUUGCUGCAGGCAUUUCCUGCAGAACGGCCGCGUGGCGUCGGCGAUCUUGUGCUGCGACAGUUCUGCGACAACGAUGGGGCUGUCGGAGCAGUGGCUAAGUGGUCGGCAAUGAAGCGCCCCUUGUCAGACGUGGUGCAGUCUAUGGCUCUGCUGUGCGGCCGACACAAGAUUUCCCUGCGCGUGUCGCAUGUCGCAGGACACCGCAACCAGUGGGCGGAUGCUCUCUCCCGGGGGCCGAGUGUCCUACCUGACUUCUGGCAUCAACUUCAAGCAGAGAGACGAUGCUUUGUAGACUGGCAAAGUCUGUUGGAGUUGGGCCGUAGGGUGUGA